AUGCUCUACAGAUGUAAAAAUUGCCCAGGGUCUGAAGCUUUGGAGCAGCUUAUGCUGGAUAUAUUUAGUAAAAAUGAUUUGGAAACUGAUGACAAUAUUGCCUAUAAGCAGUGGGUCCGCAAUGGAAAAUCAAAACUAGUGAAUAUGACAUCAACUAAUGAAGAUUUUGUGAAAGAGUUGUCUAAGGCAGCAGUGCCAAAACUUCCUUGCAAACCAGGAGACUCAGCUACUUCAGCCGUUUAUGAAACAUUAUUAACGUGUGGGCUCGACGACCAAAUAAAAUGCAAGAGCUUUGACACGACGGCCACUAAUAAUGGACCAAGGAAUGGUGCAUGCAUUUUGCUAGAACAAAAUAUGAAGAAGGAUAUGUGGUGGUUGGCCUGUCGUCACCACGUUAUGGAAAUAAUGCUCGAGGCUGUGCUUCUUCAAGCACUUGGACCUUUAACAAGUCCAGAAAUAUUGAUUUUUAAAGUUUCUCUCAAAAUAAAGAAGAAGAUGGUGGAUGCCUUGAAAAACAUAGGAAUAGAUCAGAGUCCUAUGAAGCGUAUAACGUUAGAUGACAAUGUUAUUCAAAACAAAAGUCUGGAAGAUUUUGUUUUCAGCAAAACCCUUAGAAUUUUGAGCAUCACAGGAAUUCCAUCGACGUUUUUGGAGAAAAAUGUUGAAGUUUGGGAAGAAGAUGAUGAUUAUAAAUUACAUAACAAGUUACAUACCACAAAUAAAGAACAAAAACAAUACCUAUUAUUAUUGCAUGGUUAA